UCACUCUUUUAAUAUAAGUUAAUGUAUAGUAUUAACACAGUUGAUUUGGUGGUAGUCUCAUUUGAAUACUCCCGGGUUUCUUUUGACUAGCGUAGUAACGGAACCGUCAACAGUGCAACAAUGGCGUCGCCGCACAUCGGUGCUUUUCCACUGGAGGGAAGCCAUUUUAGGUGGCGCCACCAGUCGGCAGCGUACACGCAACAACGCCGCAUGUAGCGCCGCUCAUCGACGAGACAGAACUGUUCGCGUUCCGCCGAGGUGGUGCUGUUUUCUCGUGUCGCGUAGUGUAGUGCUUUUUUCCUGUUCGUACACGGAGUGCUGUGCCGAUGAGGCGGUCCGGAAUUUGUCCCGAUGACUGAGGAGUGCCUUUAGUGUAAAGUCUGAGCCUACCUGGGAGCAUUUAAGAAGCACGUCCCCCGAGUGUCCCCCAGCCAAAAUCACUCGCCUAACCUCUCCCUUAUCCUCCUUGUCCUCGUCCGCUCCCCUGGUUCCAGUCAAUUCUGCGAAAGCCAGCCGCAACAAUCAGAUCCGUGAACUCGUGAUAGACGCAGCCAUGGACGGUAUGGACAGCAAGCCAAUGCUGAACGACGAUCCGUCGGUCACAUUGACAAUUCGCCUCAUCAUGCAAGGCAAGGAGGUCGGCAGCAUUAUCGGAAAGAAGGGAGAGAUCGUGAAGAGGUUCCGCGAGGAAUCCGGCGCCAAGAUCAACAUCUCCGAUGGCUCCUGCCCAGAACGUAUAGUUACCGUCACGGGCCCGACGAACUCCAUCUUCAAGGCGUUUACGCUGAUAUGCAAGAAAUUCGAGGAAUGGUGCUCGCAGUUCCAUGACAUUCAGGGAAGCGGCGCCGGAGGCGGCGGCGGCGUUCCAAGACCGCCGAUCACCCUGAGACUCAUCGUCCCGGCAUCCCAGUGCGGUUCCCUUAUCGGCAAGGGAGGCUCGAAGAUAAAGGAAAUUCGAGAGGUGACCGGUGCGUCGAUUCAGGUCGCCUCGGAGAUGCUUCCCAACUCGACGGAACGAGCCGUCACCAUAUCGGGAACGAGCGAGGCCAUUACGCAAUGCAUCUAUCACAUUUGCUGCGUCAUGCUAGAGUCCCCUCCCAAAGGCGCCACGAUCCCUUAUCGCCCCAAACCCCAAGUUGGUGGGCCAGUGAUCCUGGCUGGUGGGCAAGCCUACACCAUCCAGGGUAAUUACGCGGUGCCCGCCCACUCGGACGUAAGUACAGUAUUGCCAUUGCCCGCCCCCCCUGCCGGGCCUGCGCCCCCCUCGCUCAACACCCAAACUUUGACUACUUCGCCCUUCGCGGCCCACCCCUCCUCCCCCUUUGCCGCUUCUCACGGACAUCCCAUGCUCCCUGCCCAUCUUACCUCGGCCCAUCAUCCCCUACACCCGAGCCCCUUACACGCCAGCGUGGCAGGCCUCGCCGACCCCCUGCUGAAGAGUGGACACUUGCAGGCAGCCCUCCCGCCCGCACACCUCGUGGCAGACGCCAUGGGUAAGCUGGGUAAUAACCCGUUGGCAGGACUGGCCGCACUUGGACUCGGAGGACUAGCAACCCCAGCAAACACCGGAGGGUUGAACCCGGCCGGUAAGUCUCUGGCAGCCCUCGCAGGAAGCCAAUUGCGCACGAGCAAUACGAACAGACAGCAACCGGCGGCGAACAAUCAGACUCACGAGAUGACAGUGCCAAACGAGCUGAUUGGCUGUAUCAUCGGCAAGGGCGGCACCAAGAUCGCCGAGAUACGUCAGAUAUCCGGCGCCAUGAUACGCAUCAGUAACUGCGAGGAGAGAGAAGGUGGCGCCACCGAUCGCACGAUCACGAUCACCGGCAAUCACGACGCCGUGGCACUAGCGCAGUAUCUCAUCAACAUGAGUGUCGAACUGCAGAAAGCUAACCUAGAGGCCCAAAAUACCCAAACCCCUGGCAGCGGUACCACUCCCGGGGCAUCCGGGGCCAGUGCUUCCCCUUCUACCACCACUACCACUGCCUCUCCUUUGGCCAGCGCCAUCCCCCUGGCUCAGUUGCUAAGCAAGCCAGGUGCUCUCAACGCCUUAUCUAGCCUGACCGCCCUCGGCGGGCUCACGGAAUUGCUAGGUGGAGCCGCGGGUGCAGCGGCGACCGCCAUGCCGGUACAAACGACCGGAGUACACAGAUCGCAUAAGCCUUUCACCCCGAGACUGCGCAGUCCGGGGGCACCGGGCCCCACCGACAGUGGAAAAUUCAAAUCGGAGCGCACCAAGUACAACCCGUACUGAAGCGCGGCCGAGAUGGCGUCAUCGCCGCGAGAAAAGACGUAAAGUGGAAGCGCGACCCCGGCAUCCUCACCGUCGUCACCACACGCCGCAUUAUAUUACUAUACUUUAUUGUAUUCAUCUUACGUAAACGGUAUACGCCGCAUCCCUGUGCUUACGUCCCUUACACUUUUUUUUUUCCUCUUUCUAACCACGUCGUGCGAUCACGUUCGUUCGCGGAGAAAAGAAAAGGUGAAGGGAUGAAGUG